UCGGCCAGACGGUUAUUUUAAGCCGUCAGAGAGCCGGUGACUAGACGCUGCAGGCCGUGCAUCGAUUUGUAGACACACGUGUGUUGUCUCGUGCCCAAUCUCACGCAGUUUUACGAUUCGUUUUAGUAGCUCGUUAUUUACCAUGCACUCGCAGGUCGAUAAACCGAUUUCAAAGUCAACAGAGAAAUGUCUUUCAGUUUCUUCAAAAAUGUGAACGAUUCCACGCUGGCCUUUCAAUGUUCGAUGUAGAGAUUCGUGUGUACCCUAGAAGUCAAAUAAUUGGAUUAGUUCCAAGGGCGUAACGCAUCUCGGUGUAUACAGCAUUUAGAAGAUGUAUCGCGCUAAAUUUAAGUCGUAAGAUUCGAAAUAGCCUAACGAUGCGCAAUUUUCCCUCUCACCAGUCACGGAACAUGAACAUACGUAUAUACGUAUAUACUUUUUCUAUGACGAAGAGGGCGCCAAAACUUGUUUGCGAUUCACUUUUGACCGCUUCGAUAACUCUUUCAAUGUCCAAUUACUAAAUAUAUUAAUAAUAUCGGUCGAUAACGUUGAUACGACAGUAACUUAAAAAAGAUCGAAUAUCGCAACGAUGUUAUCGCUAUGUCGUUAAAUAUCAAUAACAUAUCGAUAGUGUGUCGAUAAUCGAUAGCAGCAUUUCUAGUCUCGCGGUUUUAUUUUGGUCGCACGCACAUAUUAUAAUUCGCGACGACCAUUAUAUCGACUCCCAGGACGAAUGAUGAAAUAUCAUGACGAAAGAAUGCACCGUCUCAGCUGUGGUAAAUAAUCAUUCACGUGCCUAUUUCCUAUCAAUUAAUAUCCUUUUAGAACAAACGAGUUUACCAUUAUCUACACUUCUUUUUUCUUAGUUUCUGCUCUUUAUAUGAUAUUUCGUAAACAAACAAGUACAAAAGUUAUUUUAUAUGACCUUUACGUAAGUCGACAAAUUUCUCGCGCAAUAAUUUUCCCAGUUCAGCGGUUCAGACGCACAAUCAUUUGUCACGAUUAUUGACACUGCCCUUUACACGUCGAUUAUAACACAACAGUGCGUUUUUGUUAAAUGAAAUAAUGUAUCGAUCGCUCGACAAGUUUUAUUUCUUACGAGUUUCUUUUAAACCCAAAAAACAGUUUACGUCAAGUUCGCGACUUUUUGCUGGUCGAUUUUGUAAACGAGAGCGAUGGCGCCUCGAUAUAUCGAGGACACAACAUGAACAAGUUUAUCAGCAAAAAUAAUGAUUUUUACGUCGAAAAAUUUGAUAUCGAUGUUGUCGCAACAGAAACGUGUCUUAUGUCAAGUAGACCAAAAGUGGAAUAUAAUCGUUGUUAAUUACUUUUGAUACAGGUAUGAUUUAUUUUAUUUACUUUUUGAUAUCGAAUUAAUUCGAGGAUUUUAACGUAUCGAUUGAUCGAUCGUAAUACCGUUGCGUAAUUCCGAGACAUUUCAAAUUUGGUAAACACUUCUAGUCACAACGCAUCUAUUUGGUCUAUUACAAAUUUGAACUUUAAACUUUUAUCAAGCUUAGAUUUUUCUUGAAAAAUCUGGAAUGAAUACAAUGAUUUCGGCACGUCAAUAUCGUAGAUCGCAAUGUCUGGUGUGGAAAAUUACCGAUCUAAUUGUUAACCUAACCUCGUAAAGGGUGAUUGAUACAAUGAUGCAUUAUGGGUACAAGGAUUUUUUCUCUCUAAGGAUGACAGUAGGAGGAAGGAAACUGUCAUUACUAUUAUUUUAUUUUGGGACGUUAAGAAUGUUAUUGUCUUCGGGUUCAGAAGUUAACGAGACGUAUCGUUUUGCGUCGAUAUAAAUAAAGAAGCCGCGUAAAAAUUGAAAAUGACAGGAGUGUCUUCAAAUAUAUGUCGAGAGUGCUGUUGAAAACUGUGCAGAAAAUACGAUAAUCUUGCUCUCUUUUUUUCCUGUAAUUUUUUUUCCUGCUUGACCCUGGUAAUCCAUUCUCGUAAUGAUAAACAAUGAGCAGCGAUUUUGACCUCAACCUUUUGUUAUUCAUGACAUACAACGUUAUGCGUAAUAUUUACUUAGUUUCUUUUUUGAAAUGUCUUUCCUUUAACAUUACUAAUUGCACAUGAAUAUUUGUAAUCAGUUAUUAUAAAACGAUCACACAUUAUUAACGAUCGGUAACUCGAUGAAGAUGACAUAAACACGUGAUGUCGUUAAUGGAAUGAUGUUUGGAGAAACACGAUAACCCCUACUGAUGUUAUUGUCAUUUACAUCGGCAAAUAAGGGAAACAAGGAACAGUUCAGGAUAAUGCACGUUUAAAUAGCUGAAACUCGAAACAUCCGACUUUGUGAUACCGGUUGAUUCUUAGUGGUGCAUACGUACUUCGUUCCGGUCUGGUAGACGUAGAGUCUGGUUUGCGAGCAAGUCAAGACACGAGAGAAGAGACUAUUGCCACAUUUAAAAGUCGUAAUUCCACUCCUGGAGUAACAUGACCACUGUACACCUAUUCUAACGCGCAAAACAUUUUACCGUAGUAAAAUAGUAUAAAAUACUCGAUAAGAAAAAUUAGCAACCAGAUAUAAAUGUGUUCCAUAGCGAUGCCUGCCGAGCUGCUCCUGGGGCAUAGUCCUCCGGUUUACAGCCCGCUUUUGUACAGUCCCCUGGUCGUAACAGCACCACCGAUUACCAGCAGGUCGGUGCCACCCAGGAUACGGCCAUGCCUUUCGUCCGGUUCUCUGGCUAUCGACAGUCUGCGAAACAGCAACGAUGGCAAUAAUAAGCAGAAAAAGAAGGUGGUGUUUGCUGACGACCGUGGUCGCCCUCUUACUCAGGUCCGCGUCAUGUCAGAACCCAGCAACGUACCACCCCUUUGGAGUACGGCAUACCUAUCCGGACUAACCGGCCGUCUACUUAAUUCUAAGAUAGAAAACGACGAACCCAGCGAGCUUAUGUCACCAUGGCAAGUGACGUUUCCUCAACCAGCCAGCGAUUAUCUUGCCUUUCGUCGAAAACUGGACCAGGAGAAUGUUAGUUUGGAGAAUGUGAUAAUAAAGGAAUCGGAACAGUGUCUAGUAGGCACGGUCAAGGUACGAAAUCUGGCGUACGACAAGGAAGUCGUAGUCAGAGCUAGCAACGACUCUUGGAAAACCCACGAGGACGUACAUUGCACCUACGUUGAACAACCUGGCGCUCCAGCUUUAAUCCUGUACGACACUUUCCGUUUCCGGUUAACUCUACCACUCGCAUCGAACGUGGUAGAGUUCUGCGUACGGUAUCGUACCGAUGGGAAGGAAUAUUGGGAUAACAACGAUGGGAAGAACUAUAUCGUUCGCAAAAAGCUGGAGCCUCGAGCACCUCCCAAGAGGUACGAUAUCCUGACGACUUCCUGCGAUGGAUUCUCGAGUAACGGCGCUCGAGACAACAUAACUCGAAUCACAGACGCGACGAGGGCGAAUAUGCGCACGUGGAGCGAAUUCGCUUCCUGGCAGCAUCUUACGAACGACACCCCAUACUGGUGAAUCACCAAGAAUCUUCCUCAAACGAUGUACGGAGUCGUACGAAUUCUUCCAGUUUACUUGGUUAAUCAGCGAGGCGUAGAUCACGCGGGACGAGGUGUUGUCACUGCAUCACAUGGCACACGGAAAACGAUUUGAAACUUGUGUCGCAAUCGGACACCAGGAAUAGGGGAAUGGAGAAGAGAACAUUGACGAAAGAAGGGAAGCAAUGGAUCGUGAUCGAGUUCAAUUCGUAUAAGGACAUGCUUGCGAGGAAGGAUAUAAUUGGAGGUCGAUAGCGCGGAACAUACGGGAAUGGAGGCAUUGGUCGCGUUACAUUUAUGAUUGCAACGUGCAGAUAUCAACGCAUACAGACAAGCCGUGCAACACAAGAUUUCGCCGAGCGUUAUUUAAUAUCAGUCUGGAUGGAUUCUAAUUCCAAAGCUUCCCUAAGCUCUACCAAAUCGAAGAUAUCGUCAUGCGUCUUCUUCU